UAAUUUGUAAAUUCAAUACUUUCAAAAUGCGAUUCAACAGAGCUACAUAUACGAUUGCCUAAUCGUAUCUUUUAGUGAAAAAUUAAACAUUGUAAUAACCGAUACCUGAAACAAGAAGCUACAGUUUCCAACAUUUAUUUGCAUACAUAUAGGAAGUAUAAUAAAAAAUAACUCAAGUGAUACGUAUUUGGCAACUCUCUCCCCUAUUUGGAUAAAGAAAUACCACGUUGUUGUAUAAAAUUAGAUCUUCCAUCUGCAAUUAUGAGACAUGACGACGUUAUUUUUGGUACUAUGGUCGCAGAAGUUAUUCCCCCGCGCAGAGGGGCCAGACAUAAAAGGAGCAUUCACGAAAAAUCGGGCAGCAAGAACGAGCUCGGAUUCGAGAGAUCGGACGGAAGGUAGGGUAAGUGAAUUGUCGCGAAGGUCGCCCAGCUCACUUUUCCCUCGCACUUUUCUCGACUGAUUCUCGGCUCCUUGCGGACCUCUUACUCCCGUCUGUCUGCCUGUCUGUCUGUCUGUUACACUUCCAUUUCACUGCACCGCUACGAGCCGUUCCCAUAAGCGGCACAGUUAAUUUCAAUGCUCAACGCGCGGUUCCCAUAUAAUAUAAUAAAGCAUAACGAAUAUGUGCUCACGUGCACAUUUUCUCAUUAUACGUUUUUACGUUAUAUUAAUACAUUCGCACGCGGUCAUUAUUACGCUCGUCACGGCCGAAAACUAUCUUCUUCUUGCGAGAGUCGAACGUUUCUCAUGUAAUGUGAAAUUGCAGAAAAUCCAGCCAGCCAGUUGUAUACAGACAUUAAUAUAAUGACGCGCGGCUAUCGUCUAAAGAUCUUCUUAAAAAAAGAUUUCGGAUGAAUUAUUUGGCAAUCGCGAUAUUAAAAAUCGAUUAGGCGGUCCGACGAAUGCGAUGAGGAUUGCGGCGACUCGGUCGUGUUUCUUUGUCGCAUUGACAGGGUGGUGAUUAAAUCGUCGAGAGUGACGCUGAUGAACGCGCAAUUUCGGCGAUGUCCAUCGAAAGUGUGACGUUGAUACUCGGCGUUCCGUGAACGACCCCGUGAACUGAACUCUGCCCUCGAGACUGUAACGCAUAUAACGCGGCGGCUUCGUCUUUUUUCGUUAAGAGUAAUUAUUGCCGCGCUACGACGGCUCGUAAACGACGAUUCGUGAUUUAUGUUCUGAGUUACGCGCGCGCGAAACGUUCACGAAAAAACGCGUGAGACUCACCGUUGCGUAACGAGCGGAUAAUAAUAAUAAAUAAUAAUAACUUUAUUGCUCGUGUGCAAGAUCUGAUUCCGAUGAAUCGCGUAGCUCUAAGAAGUACAGAGAAAAUGGAGAAAAUGUAUGAGAAGAAAAUGAUUAUUAUUUAUAAAAAUAAAAUUUCUUAGGGUUAACUCUAUUCUUAAACAUCAGAGUGAUCUUUAAUUAAUUUUUUAAUUUUUGGAAAUAUCUAAACAAUUGACUGCAAUUUUAGUUACUCAAAAAUUAGUAACAUUGAAAAUUGUUAUUUUUUGACGUAAGUCUUACACAUAACAAAUAAAUAACAAUGACUAUAGAAGCCUUAUUUGAUAAGUCGUUUAAAACAAAAUUUUCUUAUUUCAAGGAAGAGAUGGAAGGAAAUUAAUAAAAUAAUUAUUUAUAUCAAAAAUAUUGAAAAAAAUAGAGACGGGGUAGAAAAGGAGGAUCCUAUGAUAAGGUAAAAUUUGCUUCAUCUCGAGAUCAAGAUUCUCCGGAACCGACAGAAGAAAAUGGAUUGAAGGCAAAACGGAGUCAAAACAGAUUAACGCAAAGUAAAAUGAAACUUAAUAAAAAUAAAUCACUUAAAAAUGUGUGUAUAAAAUUCAUGCUUUGUAAAUCGACAUUUUUUCGAGUGAGAACUUCCUCUGUAAAAUGGUAAAGAUUUUCUCAAUUGUUUAUUGGGAACUCGAGUUAUUUUUUAUAAAGGAUCGCGUACACGCACUUUUAAAGAACUACCGAUUUACCCGGUGGAUUUGGUGCUCCAAGCAGGAUAGCGGUGCCAGAACAAGAGAAGGCUCCGAUGGACGAAGGAGAAAGAGAAAGAGGGGAUCUCGUGCUAACAGAAGGGAUAAGAAACCCAUGCACGUACUCUUACCAGCGGUGCGACGACUUCAGUCUGACGAUCGCUUCCACGGAGCGAGGUUGACCGAGUCCGACGUUAAUUCGGGAUCAUCCGUCGGCCCGAGCACACGGUGAUUUGGAUCCUUGCGUGUGAUCGGUGCAAAAAGAAAAAAAAAAGAGGAAAAAAGAUUCUGUGUGCUCCGAAAUUUUGGCGCGAUAAAAACAUUCCUUUAGGCCCUACUUCCUAAUCAAAUUCAAGAGAGAUCAAAUUUCGAAACGCGAGUGACCAGACCGUUUGACGACGUCGAAAAAUCACGCGUGUAAAAUUUGCAACCCUCUAAGAAUAUCGUAUCAUUAAACGGAUGCUGCGAUAAAAAGCAAAGAGAAAAGAAGUUCCCCUUUUCACUGUCCAAAUCGUUUAACUGUUUCCGGGAACGCGCGAAGGCAGAUCGGAGAGCUGGUUCUUCCGGUAUUUUAUUGUCGCGAUAAUUUACAUAAUAAUUGAAAUUACUCAGUACUCCCCGCGGUUCGACUAUUUCUCGCGUAGAAAAAGAAAAACGUGUUCUCGCGCGCGUUUUCGCGAUUCGUGACUUCGCCGUGAGGAAGCCGCUGACGUCGCGGUGCGCGAAGUGCGUGGAGUGCUGCCGACGGGAGAAAGUGCGAGUUCGCUGUGCGUCGUUGUUCGAUUUUUCGGUGGAUACACACCCGCGGGGCGACGAGGCGACGGAAUCGAUGAUCGAUCGUCAUCGGCGGCCCGCUCGACGAUGAGAGACUGGCGUCUCCUCAGGACAGCAUGAUCCUUGACGCGUGCGACCGUCCGCGUGCGUUAACAUGCGCGAAGGCAAGCGAGUCCGCGGGUACCGCUGGAUCCUCCUGAAGUGAUAACGUCUGGAUCAGAGAGACGGAGAUUCCCGCUGGCUCUGGGGCAAGGAUCGUCGAACGUCGAGUGACAGGGAGACUGAUCGCGAGAACCGAUCGCGAGGACAAUCGUUGUCCGGCAGACGCGAGCUACAGGCUGAAGAAAUCAAUCAUAUCGUAGCCAUGAACCUCGCGCUGCAUGGAUUUUUGCUGCAGGUUUUCGUGUCGAUUCUCGACUUUCGUCAUGGCCGUUUGUUAUGCAGCGCGGGGGAACCUGGCUAUCUGGACUUUGACAACCUGCCGGAGACGAAUUUCUCGUGUCAAGGAAAGGUGAUAGGCGGAUACUACGCGGACGUCGAGGCGGGCUGUCAAAUGUUUCACGUCUGCACCAUCGGCCAGAAAGACGAGAUUAUGGACAUAAAAUUCCUCUGUCUGAACGGGACCGUCUUCGACCAGGAGACCAGAGUCUGCGAGAGGGUUGACGAGGUCGACUGCAGUAAGAGCGAGCGAUUCUACAAUCUGAAUCUGGAGCUCUACGGCAACAACGCUGUGACGCUCAGCUUGCACGAGAACGGCGAGGACGAGGACGAUCUGACGAUCGACUCGAUAGAGGAUCAUCAGCUGCGAACUACCUCGGCGCGACCCAGUACGACCAGCACGACCAGCACUACGACGUCCCGACCCAGCAAAUCGUCCACCACGGCCGCCAGCGGUUCCUUCCAGCAUCCGGCCGGCUAUCCGCAGCACUAUCAACCGCAGCCGCCGUUCCCCCAGGUGCACACGAGCCAGUCCAAAUCGCUGUACGACGACAAAAACGGUGGCUACCAUCACCAGUACAUCUUCCACAACGGCGGUGAGCGCACCAGCAAUCAGGCCACGUCCUACCAGUUGUUCAGCAAUCAAGGCGGCGUAAGCUCGACGACCGUGCCACCGGCGCCACCCCCACCGCCCCCGCCGCAGAUCCAUCAAAUCAGGUACAGCUCGACGGUAGGCCCGCCGCCGCAGAUCAUUCACAGCGAACCGUCCACCGUGACGCCGCUGUUCCGCGCGACGUCCCCCACGAUACAGACGCUCCUCAAUAGCAACGAGAACAGCCCAGCGGCCUUGAUCAACCCCAUCUUUCAUAAUCACGGAAUUGCGAGCACCACCGAACACUUCACCGUCCACAGCAACAAUCCGCGCGAGACCACUGACUAUCGCGACGACAGCGAUGAGGAUCAAGAGCAGGAAAUAAGGGCACUGGAGGCGAUACAGUCGGCGAACAAAGGCAAGAUUUCUAAGCUGACGAUAUCUCCGGUGCCGAGCCAACAAGAGUCGUCCCGAACAGUGCAGACCAAAACAAGCCAAAAGUCUCAGCAGCAACAGCAGCAGAGGAUAUCAGGUAACUUCCUGCCGACCCCGGCUACGGUUGAGACGACUGUCCGAUCAUUCUAUCCGACACCGAGGCCUUCACCGAAGCCCUCGCAGUCGUCGGUUACUCACCAAGUUACCCAACACAUUCACGUGUCGCCGGGCGUGACGGUGUCGCAGCUUAAGCCCCAUCAGAUCACUAUAAAUCUACCGCCGCCGGAUAUCCAGAGAAUCGUGCAGAAUCCAUCACCUUUGCUACCUUCGCAGUCCCGGGUGAUCGUCACGGCGAAGGCGAGCGUGAGUGACGAAUCUGGCAGACCACUGAACACCACGCAAUUGGUAACGUUGCCGUUACCGACUAUACCAGCCAGUUAUGAUGACUACAAGGAAGGUGACGAGUCCUUCGAUCCCUUUUAUCGCGAUGUUCCAAAAAUUCGCAAAAAUCGACAAGACACGAGGGAGGAGAUGGGAGUCUCACGUGGGAAACGAUCGCUCGAGCAACCCUAUCACUUCAUUUACGGAGUAGACAGUCGAGAAGACGGAGACUUCAAGGCGAUACGAAAGAACGAACCUUGCGGGAAUGAAGAUAAUGCGACAAACAAAGGAAGCACUCGUGCCAAGAUCAACAUUGAAGAUUUUCGAGCUCUCAGAGAGAGUCUGAUAAAAUUUAGGGAUAUCUUAUUUAGUAAUGAAGCGAAUGAAGAUACCUCUCGUAACGAUACUGGAGAAAUUAAAAAUAGUACCAAACGUGUUGGGAUAAAUAACGAAACUUUUGUUACGACAUCUGUAAAGUCUGUGGACGACAAUACGAUAAAAAAAAAUAAUUACUUAGAAGAUUUAAAGACAGAAGGUUCAAAACACUUGAGUUUAAAUAAAGAUACGGAUGAAGAUGAGGAGGAAGAUUCGGCUCCAGUAGUUAGUGCUGAAAAAUUGCCUAAUAACGAAAAGCACAUUAAGCAUACGUCAGAAUUAGAACUUGAAAAUUACACCGAAACUACGACCGCUCGUCCACGAAAGAAGGACUCUCGGGAAGACGUUAUAGACAUAAUAAUACUCGAUAAUGAUUUCAAAGAGAAAGCCACGUCCGCAAAGACUGACGCACCCAUCGAGAUUAUCAUUGAAGAGGGAACGAAAUCUGGCACGCACAACGCAACGUCGAAGGCCAACAAGAAAGUUGCGCAUAGAGAACAAAUCGUGGGACAUCUAAUAAAAAAUGAAUCGGAAAAGCGAUCGAACUCCAUUGCUGGCGAGGAAAGACAACUGGUAGUUCCGCGCGAGACGAUCAAGCAAAAAGGUACCGGAGGCAGCGGAGAACGCAAAUCUAGCCCGAGAAGGAAUGGUUCUCGAUCGAGGUCCUCGAGAAGACGCAUAUCUUCGAGAAUAAGGCAGCAGAAAACGGAAAACUUCGAAGUGACGGAGGCAAUUCAGCAAAAAGAAGAUAUGGAACAAAUAACUACUACUCCUAAUAAUAUUGCUGCUACUAUUGUUGAUACGACUACUAUUCCUACUACUACUUCUACUACUACUGUAACCUCGUCUGUCGCACCUUUCGAGACAAAAGUUACGGAUCAAAUUGAUAGCACCAUUUUCGGGGAAACAGAAUCGCAAACUUUUAAACAAGUUGAUAUGAGAGCGAUUGACCAACGCAACACGAUGAGUUCGCAGGACAGCAAAAGCAGCGACAUCAGCAAGAAUAAGGAGUUGGAGCGAUCAUUCGAUCACCAGAUUAUGGAGAAUCACACGCAGAGUUCGGAUCUACGUGAUGAAACGAAGGAAGGAAAACGGGAAACGAAAUUGACGGAUUACACGCAAAGUACAGAUGAGGAAGAUACAACUUUCUUCACCGAGAAUCCGCGAAGCAUGGAAGAAGCGGAAACAACAGAAGUCACGAGCGUCUAUGACGAGGGAUUUUCUUCCAUGGAAUAUGUAUUUCCAGACGAUGAUGAAGCCGACACGAGUACAUAUGUAGGAGAAACUGAAGAGAGCUCUCAAGACAUACCUAGCACUUCUGACGAAGUUGUGAGUUCUCGUGAAGGUAACUUGGAGCAAGAAGAAUCGUUUUAUCGCGAGGACUCAAGCGAGAGAUCGAGCACCGAUGUUUCGAACGAAGAAGGUUUAACUUCGAGAUAUAGCGAGGAGGUAAAUUCCGAAGAAUUGAACGAGUAUCAAGAUACAACGGAAUCGUCCGCGGAGAGUACGCGCGGCAUCCAAGAAGAUUACAGGGAGACGGAAAGUACCGAGGGUUCCACCACGCUCGCGGAUUACACAAAUUUCGAGGAAUACAUUGAUUCUUUGGAAGAUCUCACGACUUCGGCCGAGGAGACCGAUGGCAGUACCGAGGGUGUUCUGAAAUUCACGGACGAACUUCCGCUGUCGGACGACAAAGAUAUCAUUGAAACAACGGAAGAGACGUCGGCGAGAUCCGACGAGAGCGGUGCUCACGACUACGUUGACGACAAUUACGAACCGGAGAAUUACAAAGGGACGGAAACCACGAUGAGAUCAGAAGAAUCCGAGCAGGAUAAGAAUAAAGAGAAAGAAGAGAAGAAUGACAAGAAGAAGGAAGAUACGUUAAUGAAAGAUCCUAAUCGUACGAAAAAUAUAGAGACGCAGCAGACCGACGAUAGUGUCGAGACGGAAACGCAAACGGAGUAUGCGGUAGAUGUCACGAAGAUCAAUGAUCUUCAGGAAAUGACAACUUUGUCGACCACAACGGCAGCGUUGACUACAUUGGCAGCGUCGACUACAACGGCAGCGUCAAUCACAACGGUAGCGUCACUCACAACGGUAGCAUCGACCACUACACCGUUGACCACAACAGCAUCGUCGACAACGGCAUCGAGCACAAUUACAACCACGAUCACCACCCCUCGACCGAAGAGUUUCACUCGUCGAUCGACUACCACUCCUCGUGCCACUCCGCCGAAACUCUUCAAGCCUACUGGAAAUAGGAGGAUUUACGCUUACAGCCCUCCUACAACAACCCCGAAUCCGGUCGUAAUCAAGCCGAGAGUGGGUCUAUUUAAUCCGAAGCCAUCGAAACCGCUUAAAACUUACAAUGAUUUGGCUCCAAAGCCGACGAUCAGGAAGCUCGUUUUAUCGCGAAAAUCUACCAUCGAACCUACUACUACUACUAUACUUACUACUGAAGAAAAAUUGAACACGGAGAAUUUAGAAAUGAUGACUGAGCCUAUGACGAUGACGACGGCGACGGCAGAAACGACGACGGUGACUACUACGGCCGCAGCAACGACGAUGACAGAGACAGCGACGACGACGGCGACGCUAACGACAACGACAACAGUGGCAGCGACGACGAUGGCGACGCCAACGACAACAGUGGCAGCGACGACGACAAUAACAGCGGAAGAGUCCAGCAGAAGCGAAGAAAACAACCUCGAGAGUAAACUAGAAAGGGACGAACAUAUAUCCCUUGAUCCUCCCGUGAAGAACGAUCAGACAGACAAGGAGGAUCAACUUUCGAGCUCGUCCGAGCAGAAUACUUCAACUAACUCUUCGCAGAACGUCGAUACGGCAACCACGACCACGAAUAUUGACGCUUUCACUCCUUAUUCUCUAUCUAAAUCGUCUAUCCUUGCAUCUUCCGCCGAGCAAACGACGGAGAUGAAUGCUAAAUCGCAAGAAACGACGGAGAAUAUUUUCGUGACGACCGUUUUACCAACGACGACGUUGCUACCUGAAAAGUCCGUUGAGAUUACGAAGAGUACCGAAAAGUAUCGCGAAGUAACGGAGAUCACCACGACAGCUUCCACUUCCAAAGUCUAUCAACAGGAAACCUCUUCGAUUUCUUCGAUUCCUCCGAUUCCCGAACGCGCGACGUCGGUUUCGAUCAAAACGACCAUCUUGCCCAAGGUGGUAGACGCCGACACCGUUGCGUCGAUGGAAGCCGCGAUUCUUAAAUCGAGCGGUCGGAAGCCCGUGAAAUCACGGAAGCAUCCGAGCUUCAAUUGCCUGGAGAAGGAGAUGUAUCGCUUCUAUGGCGACAUCAGGGACUGUCGAUUGUUCCACUACUGCUCGCCCGGUUUCACCUCGCGACAGGUGCUGGACUUCCGAUUCGUGUGCGAGGAAGGCACGGCGUUCGACGAGGUGACGCAGAGCUGCCGUCACGACGUGCGCAAUCGAAAGUGCCGAAAUCGCUCCUGGUGAGAGCAUUUCCUCGGGAGAGGAAAUAAGGGACGCUCCGCCGUUUCGUGUUCUUCGAAUCUCAUGUUUCCUCGAUCCCGUUGAUUUUGGUAAUUCGUGAAUCCUCUAGGACUCCUUAGCGUAUUUAUAUAUUUACUUCCUUUCUUUUUUUAAUACAACACGUAAGAAUAUUCUGAAGAAGAAGGGGCUUCCUUCUUCUCCUAAGCCAAUUGCCAUAGCGCCUCGCGCUGGAUUCACACUUAUUAAAGUUAAUGCGCUCCGAUCGACUCGCAAUCCGUCGAUCCGAGAGGGAAGCGAGGACGCACACCGUCGGCGCGGUGUCUCGUGCACCUGAACAAAAGAAGUCGCACUUAUCGUUAGCGUUAAGUAAGAGAGCAAAGAAGUCGGUUCCUACGUUGUCCUCGAGACGUGUGUCCUUGGCGCGAGAGACAUUGAGUUGGAGACAAUCGCGCGUAGCGAUUUAUAUCGCAAUUAUUCAAUCGCGCGGAUGAUUCAGAAACACGAAGCGUGAAUUUCUGAAUAUUGCCGAAUAUUGCCGAAGAAACUACACCUUACGGUUUAUCCGUGCUCUUAGCGUCUUGCUCGUACGCAGCGCGAUAACGAAUUAGCAACCGCCUUUUGGCCGAAUAAACGAUUUUUCAUCGAGAGACGAAGACGAAUAUAUUUUUGAUAAAACAUUUGCGAUUGCACUGUACUCACGUCAGUGGGAUAAAAGUAUUUUUAAUAGAAGAUUCUUAUAAAUUUCGUAUAAAAUACUUUUGAUAAAGAAUUUUUCGAAAUUAUAUUUUUUUAUAGAUUUAAAUAAUAUUAAUUGUCGUGUAUAUACCGGAAUAUAUCGAACUGAAUAGCGCAUGCAUAGGCGAUCGCAUCAUUUAUCGUCGAAUUAAUUCGUCACGGUAUCAAAAGUGCAAUUAGAUGAAACGUCAUUGCUCAAACGUUUAGAUACGAAAGUAGCUCGAUAAACGGUAGAUAUCUCGAAGUAAAGACAUUGCAAGACGUGUAGUCGAGUUAACGGAUGCAUUGCAACGACAUACGAGAAAGCCGAAGGAAGAGAGAUCAACGGCUUACAGUUUGCAUAAUUCGUAUAUUCAAUUACACGUAUUCUGCUAUCAGGCGCAACAGCGGCACACCCGUAACGUAAUGCCGAUCGGACGAUUCGCGUUACCUCUCGUAAAGCUCUUAAUUUCCUAUUACUAAUUAGCGCGCUUCAAUUACGAGCGGAAACGAGUGCGUCUUUAAGUCAACCGUAGAUAAAGUGUAGAUGUAUAUUUUUUUUGCGACCUUACUCCGAAACAUCUCUAGCAAUUUAGUUUAGAUAGAAUCUAGGAAAUUUGUGCGUGCCGCCAAAUGAGCUGGUAACUCGUUAUUAAUAAUUUACUGCGUGUGCAUAUACGUCGCGAGGAUACGUUUCACACGCACGUCCAAAUUUGUAUCUAUUAUAUAUUUUUUAAGCAACUGUACUAUGUCAAUAAUAAUUGUAUAUUCUAUA